AGGUGUCGGAGCUGCUCAGUCCCAGCAGGGACCUGGAGAGAAUUGGAAACACUACAGGGAAGCACACACAGGGAAAGAACACCGUCUUAGCAUCAUCUUACAGCGGCCUUAGCUCCCUGCUCAGCCACACUGUGUAGUAGGGACAAGCCAACGCAGCAGCCGCCAACAUGUGUGACAUGGGGGGAUUGGAUAAUCUGGUGGCGAACACGGCCUACCUUAAGGGGGGUGACGAAAAAGAGAUGAGGAAGAGGCGGCGUAGCCUGUCCCUGCCCAAGCCAGAACAGUGUGUGUCCAUCCGCGCCGCGGUUGGGAAAGAAUUUGAGAUGCUCUGCGAGAGGCAGCCCAUAGGGAAGAAGUUCUUCCGACAGUUCCUCCUGGAGUCCAACCCGCAGUACGUGGCGGCCGCAGAGUUCCUGGACGAGUUAAUCGACUGGGAUCUGGCAGAAGGCGCUGGCAAAGAUAAGGCGAGGAUGAACAUCAUCAACAAGUUCUGCAAGGCUGACUCCAAGAACUUCCUGUCCUACCUGACGGGAGAGAUAGCGGACAAGUGCAAGGCGGUGUCAGACAAGGACUUUGAAGACGUGAUGAUGGGCAAGGUGAAAGAUGCCACGCGGGAGUACCUGAAGGAAAAGCCCUUCACAGAGUACCAGACCAGCCCUAACUUUGACAAGUUCCUGCAGUGGAAAGAGUACGAGAAACAGAAAAUCACUGAUAAGUAUUUCUAUGAGUUCAGGACCCUGGGUAAGGGAGGCUUUGGAGAGGUGUGUGCCGUGCAGGUGAAAAACUCAGGCCAGAUGUACGCCUGCAAAAAGCUGUGCAAGAAGCGUCUGAAGCAGAAGAAUGGUGAGGGCAUGGCACUGCUGGAGAAGCAGAUCCUGGAGAAGGUUAACAGCCUGUUCCUGGUGAACCUGUCCUAUGCCUACGACUCCAAGACCCACCUGUGCCUCGUCAUGACCCUGAUGAAUGGCGGCGACCUCAGGUACCAUAUCUAUAACAUUGGUGAAAAAGGCCUUGAAAUAGGCCGCAUCAAUUACUACAUUGCACAGGUCACCACAGGAAUCCUCCACCUACACGCCAUGGAUAUAGCAUACCGAGACAUGAAGCCAGAGAACGUGCUACUGGACAGCUUCGGCCAGUGUCGACUCUCGGAUCUGGGGUUGGCCGUGGAGCUGCCUGGCGAAAAGACCAUCAAUCAAAAGGCUGGCACAAGUGGCUACAUGGCCCCAGAGAUCCUGAAGAAAGAGCCUUACCGGAUGUCAGUGGACUGGUGGGCACUGGGCUGCAGUAUCUACGAGAUGGUAGCAGCUCGCCUGCCCUUCAAGGACUAUAAGGAGAAGGUGCAGAAGGAGGAGGUGGCACGGCGUACCCUCGAGGACGAAUGCAAGUACGAGCACAAGAACUUUGACGAGGGCACCAAAGCCAUCAUCAACCUCUUCCUCAAGAAGAAAAUUAACGAGCGUCUGGGAUGCAGGACCAAGAACGAGGACCCAAGGAAGCACGAGUGGUUCAAAGGCAUUAACUUCCCUCGACUGGAGGCGGGGCUGAUCGACCCACCCUGGGUCCCCAAGCCCAACGUGGUCUACGCCAAAGACACGGGGGACAUCAAAGAUUUCUCUGAGAUUAAGGGUGUCGUGUUUGACGACAAAGAUGACAAAUUCUUCAAGGAGUUCAACACGGGGGCGGUGCCCAUUGCAUGGCAACUGGAAAUGAUUGACAGCGGACUUUUUGACGAGCUGAACGACCCCAACAGGAAAGAGUCGGCCGCUGGACUGGACGACGAGGAGAAGAAAUCAAAAUCCUGCACGCUUUUAUAAAAUCUCCUCUAUACUAUAGUUAGCUUUGAAAAUUACAAAAGUCCUAUCUCAUUAAGAACAUUGUGACGAUAAUCAUAGCCACAAAAAAAGAUGUGAAGUGGUAGUAAAAUCCAGAGCCAGGUCAAGACACAUAUUUCCACCACUUCACACAUUUUUUUGUGGAUAUGAUUCUUCCUGCUCUAUGACAUUGUAAUGAUCAUGAUAAGCCACAGCACUUACGAUGAUAUCAGGAAUCGAUAAGGUGAUUUUGCCUAUAUCAAUGGGCAGGGUCAGUGUCUGUGGUAGAAUCAACAGGAAACAGCUAGACUAGAGCUGGAAUGGGGACUGUGCUUUACAGGCACUGGCAGAGUUGCGGUAGCAGGCUUCUACCACAAGGUGUCCCCAGAUAUCUAGAUAUGUGGAUAUUCACAAGUCUUCUCAAUAUUGACCUGCUUGAAACAUCUUGCCUUUUUUUAAAUGCAUAUGGUACCUUUGCAUUUUUGAGUGAGAUGUGGUUUUAUUGGAUUGCAAAGCUUUAACUCUUAAAGCCUUAGAGAGCAUGAACUCUCACAUCUUCACAACUAUAUUCCAAUGACCAACAAACUCCCAAACCACAUUUUAACAAAUGUAUAAUAGACCUGUAAAAUGGAUCUCACUGUGUUCAGUCUUAUAAGCUAUUUUGUAAUAGUGAUAUGUAGGGUUUCUUUUAAGUGCACUAUAACAAUGUAUAUGCUAACUUAUUUUCACCCAUUAGUUACAUUUAAAGGCCCAAUGCAGCUGUGUUUAUAUCAAUAUCAAAUCAUUUCUGGGUAACAAUGAUGUACCUUACUGUAAUAGUAUUCCAUUAAAAUGAACAAAAAUAGAUUUUUAGCAAAUAACUAUUUCUCAAGCAAGAAUGUUGCUAGGACUGUCUGGGAGUGGUCUGAGUGGGGAGGGAAAACUGAAAACUAGCUGUUAUUGGCAGAGAUGUUUGGAACUCUCUUUGUAAUUGGUGAUGUCACCAGGCAAGCCAAAAUGUCCCGCCCAUGCAAACCUGCUGAUUAGAUCCUGUGUAGAUUGUAUUUUCAACAAGCAACUAUCAGGAAAUAAUACUGAUCAAACUGUGUUAGUUUCAUCAGCUGUUGCACAAUAUAAUACAAAACACAGGAAAAAAACAUCAGUUUGACUGCACUGGGCCUUUACGAAUGUGUGCGCACCACAAUGCACCUUACUAAUUAAGCAUGUUCAUUUAAUUAAGAGACCGAGAUGAUCAUAGAGGAUUUUGGUGUCUGUGUGGACAUUAUAGUCUUUGUAUGAGUUGAAUGGAUCUCAGGAGAAUGUUCAAUCAAAAGCUGGUCCUCGUUUGUGCUUGUGUCUUUGUUACGUUGAGCUUCUUGAAGUGACAUUUGAUUUGCAAUUCUUACAGUGUACAUCUCUCUUUCUUUUUUUGAAAGGAUUGGGGAUUCUUGUGGUAUGCUGAAUGGAAAGGUGAUAUGUGCAAUAGGAAAUUGUUGAAAAUCAAAGAAAUAAUGAAUGCUUUUUAUAUAUUUAUCUUUGUGAAUGUUCUUUUUAUUUCCCUGUAUAAUCUGUGUAUUAUCAGUUUAAAUUGAACCUCAA